GAAUGGUCAAAUAAGCAUGGAAAUGGCAAAGAGGGAUUGUAGGAAAGAAUGAUCUCCUCAGGGUUUGUCGCCAUGCUCGUCAUUGUUGCCAGGGGUUUUGUGGGGGCGGGCGCUAACGGACGCCAAGGCUUGGCGUUCGAUGAUGGAAUUUUUUGGGUUUGGGGUGAAGCGAAUGGAGGUGGAAGGGGAGAGAUUGAGAGAAACCGUUGGGGGAGAAGCAUACUUUCCCUAUAAGUUUCUAGCUAAGGGGUCUCAGGAUCAAAAAGGUCGAAGUGUCCGUUUCAGCCAUAUCGUAUUGGGUUGAGCUGUGUUUCAAAAGAUUCACGUGAGUUGGAAGACGGCUCUGGGAACUCAAUUGGACCCCGACCGUUCACACAAAAUCUCCCCAACACAAAAUGGCACCAUCUCAACCCCUACCCAAAAAUUGGCCCUCCCAGAUCCCGUAUCUGACAGCCCCCACAUACUGCACAACAAUGAGCCCCUCACACCUGAAAAUGCUCCGCACGCCAACCGCAGACUCCCUUCCCGUUCCCGCUUCUCACGCUAGAGGCCCCUCACCCCUCGUCAAAAUUACGCCGAUUAGUGAUCCAUCACAUCCCGCCAAUGGCCAGUGUGGAUUAUUCGCUACAAGGGACUUGAGGCCUGGAACUUUCAUUUUGCAGUACAUCGGUGAAGUGCAUGCACCCAGCACUUCGGGGGACGAGAAGAUGAGGAAGCUGGUAGAAUGGCAUGAGAAAAGUGAUUAUGAUUUGAGUUUGGAUCGAGAGGGCGGUAUCGGAGUCGAUGCACAAGGGAAGGGGAAUGAAGCGAGGUUUAUCAAUGAUUUUAGGGGGGUGAGUAUUGGUGGGGAGAGGGCGAGGGUUAACGCCGAGUUUAAGGAGAUUUGGGAUAGCGGGAGGGGAGAGAGAGGCAUGGGAGUUUGGGUACUAGGGGAGAAGGCUGGUGGAGGGAAGGGAAAAGGCGUGGGGAAGUGGAAGGGGAUCAAGAAGGGAGAAGAGAUUUUGGUUAGUUAUGGGAGAGGGUUCUGGGGAGCCAGAAGAGGAGAAGACGAGUGGACAGAGGCUGGGGGUGAGACGCCUGGAAGUAAUCUGAAGACUUGAGAGGGAAUGAUAGUUUGCACAUUAAACAGCGCCCGAGAAGUUUGACGAUUCUGUUGACGGAAGUUCUGAAGCCAUCGAAGCCAAGUCCAUUAUCAGAACACUGGGAUUGCAUUAUCGGCCAGAUGGUUCGCUUGUAUCUAUGUUUAAAGGGGCCAGCAGAAGACGGACGAGAAGUUUGGAUUCGAGUGAAGGUUCAAAUACAUUUGAGACCUGCCAAAAAAUGUAGUGGUUAUCAUAUCAAGUUUAAGAUUCAUCAUAGAAAUCAGGGUCCGAAGAUUAGAAAAUUAUAGCCCAGAAUUGCGAGCUCCUUUACCUAAAUUUCCA